AUGUCUUCUCCGACCUAUGACGAACAAGUCGAUGACUUGAGUCAAGACGAUAUAAGCGCUUUCGAUGCCAUAGAGGCACGCCUAUCUCAGCCAGCUGCUCUACUUCUCAAAGUACUCCUACCCAUAAACUCGCACCCCAGGCUCAGCUCUGGCGAAGCUGGAGAUCGUAGCACUUCGUCCGAUCAGGACAUACUUUCUUCACAGGACAUAGCCUCUCAAGGCGACAACAAUCCUUUCGCUUCUGACCCAUUCUCUGAUUCAAAUUCCACAAAACCAGGCGUAUAUACAUCUUUUACCAAGGCAUCUGCCGUUCUCCCUCCAGUAGGCUUCAAGUCUGCAUCGGCUUUGCCUAUCCAGAAUGUGGAUGACUCACGCCGUUCACCUUCACCCGAAGUACCCCCGGAUGCCGAUUACUCUUCUUGGUUUACUUCGGCUCCUCCUGCAACUUUUGUAGGCUUUCAAUCUGCUGCGUCUCGCCUCGACAAAACCAAAGAGAAUGUCCCCGAGGCGACUGACAGUCACAAUACACCUAUAGGUUUUACGUCCGUCGGCCAAGGAAAACUUAUUAUCCCAUCAACUGCUGCAUUGCGGAAGGCCGAGGAAAAGAUCAAGCUGUGGCAGGGAGAGGUUGAUGAUUCGAGUUCCUCCCAACAUCCUGGAGGGUUUGUGCCCUCUUCUUCAGCACAGCCAUCCUCGCCUCAGCGCACCGUUCUGGGUGCAGUGCACAAUUCCUUGUCGCCUCAACUCCCAGAUACGCCGACUCCUGCAAUGGCUACUCGCAAGUCAUUUGAAACUGGAGCACAAUCGACACUUGACGCACCAACACUUGGUGUCAGCAACUUAAAGGGAAAGCAAAAACCGUUCAAAUCUCCUUUAAUAACCUCCGUACCAUCACGACAGCCUAUCGCGGGAAUAGCCAGUUCUACAUAUGUCAACUCUCCCCUCAACCCUCAUCGUCAGGGCUUUGCGUCCGCAUCUUCUCAUAUGACUCCAUCUAGUUCUGCUAUACCAGGAACGCCUGUCCAUCCCUCACCAUCGGUUAAUCCUGGGGGCGCAUUUCGACCACUGGGUCUUACGCCGCGAAAUUUACGUGGUGGUCUGGUCAAGAACAAGUUUGUGACGCCUUUCAAACCAGGCGUCAAACCUCCAGAAUUGAACAAUGCAGUAUCGGCUACACCGUCGUCUGCUGCCCCAAGUCUCAGCUUACAGCGACCUAUGUAUCCGCCCUCAGCAACCCAGUCUCCUAGACCAAUAAAGAAAGCUCCCGAAAAGGGUACAGGCAAAGUAUUCAACCUUGCCCCUCCUGCAGGAAGGAUGACACUUGCCAGUUCUGGUCUUACACCUCAGACUCACACAACUACAGAGCUUGAGGAUCAGGGAAUAAAUAUUACAGAACUAUCCCAGAUAACACCAGCUACCGCUCUCUUUUACUCGUUCUAUACGCCAUCCACUACGCCAAACGAAGGUGUUCAGCCCUCUGAUGCGAAGCCUCUCGGACCUGCUACCGCUCUAGAAGAACUCCACGCAAGAGGGUGUUCGUUGGCUACACAGGAAUGGGUCAAUAACCAUUGGCCGCUUAUCCUCUGGAAGCUCGCUGGAAUGGUCUUACUUGAACCAGAAGCAGAGUCCGAUCCCAAUCGCAAACGAUGGUGCUGGCCUGAAGUGAUCCGCCAGCUACUCUACAGAUACGAACGAGACUUGAACGGGUCAACACGGCCACCACUACGAUUGAUUACCACAAGAGAUGCGCCUGCUGCAUCUCCGAUGGUGCUCUGCGUGUCAAAUGUAACUUGGUCACCAGCUGGAGAGACUGACGACGGUUUCCCCAUUCCUUCACAUCCCGAGUUAGAAGUGACAGACGGAUGGUACAGACUGCGCGCGAGGGUCGACAAGCCACUUGCGAGAGCCAUCCGUAAGGGUCAUAUCAAGAUCGGGAGGAAAAUCGCUGUUACUGGAACCAGGCUCUCUGCAGAGCGCAAAGAUGGACAAGAAGUCCUCGAGGCAUAUGAUUCGAAUGUCCUGGUGCUGACAGGCAACUCGUCCCAUAUGGCACCCUGGCACGCAAAACUUGGCUUUCAGCAAAGUCCAUUCAUCGCGACCCUCAACAGCCUCACGGCGGACGGUGGAAACGUGGCCGUUGCAGCUGUCGAAGUCAUCAAGAUUCAUCCCAUCGCAUAUAUUGAAUUCUUCGAGGACGAAAACGGAAAGCGGAUGGAGGGUCCCCGCAGUGCCAAGGAUGAAAAUGCCUUGAGUGAACAAUGGAAGAAGAAGCGCGAAUUCGCCGCCUCAAAGAUUUGGACAGAUCUUGAAAGACGAGCGGCGGUGAUGAUGAGGUUUGCAGAUAGGCUUGAACAUCGUGUGGGUCCGGGCUUCAAUGUCAAAAACGAAGAAAUGCCGGACAACCUUGACGAUUUAUAUGAAUCCUUGGAGGAGAGUGACCAUCAUCAAGCCCAAGCGAUACUUUCACGGCUCAGCCGCCUUGAAGCAGGCAGUCUUACUGGACACAUUAGAGAGAAGCUUCUCCGGGAUCGCGAAGCUGUCGCCGGAGAUAUCGAGCGAGAAUUGCAGGAUAAAUGUCCCCCUCGGGAAGUACGCAGUUUCCGUGUUAUCAUCGUGAAGGAUGCAUAUACAUCCACACGAGGCGGCGACAAUGGUCGCAAAGCCCAGCUAACCGUCUGGGAUGUACUCAACUUAUCGAUUGCCGAAGGAUCCCAAGCAGGAGAGUUUAAAUUGGGCCAGAAGUUCCUCGUGACAAAUUUGAUGCCCAAGCAAGUAUCUGCCUGGAUGAACCGUGGCCCUGGAUCUGAAGUGUAUCUUGCCACCACAAAGAAUUCUAGGUGGAAAAGGUUGUCAUGA